CCCACUCAGUCAUACCUGAAGCAGGAAGUGAAGGGACCCGGACGGCUCGUGUUUGCUUCGCUUAACAACUACUUGAGGAUAAAAGUAGCAGACACAAAUAGGAGGAAAGGGAACAUCUUUAAACACACAGCAAGUUACGGACACUGUUUGACGUUUAUGUUGGUUGGAGGAUCUGAUGCUCUGGUCGCUGUCCGAGCAGCAGGUGGGAAUCCCUGUCUCUGAAUCUGUUUGGGGUUUUGCAGUAGGCCUGUGUUUGUCUCGUCUAAAUGUGAGCUGAAACUGGAACUCCUUUCGACAUGUUAUCGCCCCAGAAACAUCAACUGUCACACCUGCUUCUCACAGUCCUGCUGCUCUGUGGCUGGAUAGCAGACGCAGCUCAAAACGGGUCAGAGGUGGAGGCUGUGUCCUCCGUGUGGCUGGCCAGUGCGUCCUCCAGCAAGGACAUCGUAGCGAAGGAGGGGUCCAACAUGGUCAUUGAGUGUAAUGUGACCGGAGACCACAAUGACAUCAAGUGGUACAACUCUAAAGGACCUCUGCUGGGUGGGAAAUGGCAGAUUCAGGAGGAUGGCGGUCUGAACAUCACUGUGGUCUCCUUUAAGGACCGUGGUCGCUACACCUGCGUCGCCUCCAGCGGCUCCAAUAAUACCAAAAACUACACUGUCACUCUGCGUGUAGCCCACACCGACAGCGGCCUGGGCCUGUACUAUGUCAUUGUCUGCCUGGUGACCUUCACCAUCACCAUGAUCCUCAACGUGGCCCGGCUCUGCAUGGUCAGCAGCCACCUCAAGAAGACGGAGAAAGCCAUCAACGAGUUCUUUGGCACAGAGGGCGCAGAGAAACUGCAGAGGGCAUUUGAGGUCGCCAAGCGGAUUCCCAUUAUCACGUCAGCCAAGACGGUGGAGCUUGCCAAGGUCACGCAGUACAAGACCAUGGAGUUCGCACGUCACAUGGAAGAGCUGGCACGGAGUGUUCCUCUGCCGCCACUUAUCCUAAACUGCCGCACAUUCGGCGAGGACGUUGCGGAAACAAACCGGGGACCUCAAUAUGCAGAGCAGGGAGAGAUGUCGAUGACUGGCAAUAGACAAGCUAUAGGCCCGCCCUCCUCCAUUAGAAAUGGAGAGGAGGAGCAGGUGUGUCAGGCGCUGCUGUCAACUGAAAGACGAGUGAACGAUGGACAUGGCGUUGACACCAAAGUGUCAGUCCACACUCUAUCUGAGACGGUCGCCAGUGAGGAUAAGGAGGCUGAGAUGUGCCUCCAUGUGCAAGCACCAGGCUCCCGGAAAAGUGUGUCUUUUGAGAGCAACAUAUAGCAUGUCUCACUCUGAAUCCCAUCAGACAAAACAUAAUUUAAGUAUAAGGUGUCUAACCAUCAAUAUUUAGAAGCAAAAAAUUGUGGGGUUGGUUAUCGUUUAGAUUUUAGCGAUUCUGUUUCUGCUUAUGGAUUCUUGUUCUUAUUGAAUCCUUGCUCCUAAUCUUGUCCCACGAUUUGAGGAAGAAAAUAAAUCAAAUCAUGUUGAAAGAAAGCUUUCUUUUCAAGGUGUUAAACAGUCCCAAUUCACAGUGUACUUUGUGAUUCUUUUUGUUCAAAUGGCAAAAUAAAGGAAAAUAUAAAUAUUCUAUCUUGCCAUGUACAAGUUGGAUUCUGGCUGUUUUCCCACUUGUUUCUCCUUGAAAUGAAAAUCUUGGACAUUAUAACUACAUCUGUGGCCAUCAAAAUACUGCAUUCUUAUACCUGCUGAUGUUGUUCCUCCUUCCUGCAUGAACUUAUUUCUGUGCAGUGAUUAUAUUUUACCAGUCUUUUUGUCAAGUACUGGUAAGCAAUUGCUCCCAUCUGCCAUAUUAUUAACACUGCACUGACAUAUGCUUACCCAGUUAUGUUGAAGGAAGUGCAGUAAGCUGUUUUUGACUCAUUACUACUCCUGGUUAUAUUAUUACUUAUAGAAGUAUAACCAAAUCAAACCAGCUUUUCAAUUAAUGCAUGUUUCCGUUGUUUGAUAGGGUACAGUAAAGAAUUAGAGAGACUCAAUGAAAUGUCCUUUUGAUUGUGAGCUAACAUCCAGUGUUUGUUUUUCAAUGCAACUUUCAAUCAUUUCUCUGUGAUGGACUAAUAAUGCCAGCAGCAGCUCAUUUUCCUCCUUCAGAAGACACCAUUUGUUAUUCACUUUGAGUCAGUCAGCUGCCACAGAACAAACUGUAAUGAAAUAUCCUUAUUUUACUGUGUUGAUUGUUUUCAUGUCGCUGUUUCCUGUCAAUCACCUGACACUCGCCGACUGAAGUGGGAAUACUACUGAAAUAAUGCCUACAAAAUGUGUCACUUCACAAACUUGAUUGCCAUCUCCGUGUCUCUCUAUUUGGGUCGUGUUAGUCAGGGUAGCGGUUGAUUACAGGUUAGGUUUUGCUUUAGAGUGACAAUACAAUAACAGAAGUAAACAUAGUAUAUAUAACGAAAAAACAUGUGGGAUGGGGAUUUUCAGAAGAAGCUGUACAGUAAACACCAAGCUCCCAGCUACUUUUAGCUUUCAGAGGCAGCGAGGAACUGAAAUAUAAAUGUGAUUAUUUUGACAUUAUAGCUGCAAAACCUGUCUGCUGUGAUGGAAAAUGUCUGGAAUUGUGCUCAUAAAUAUGCAGGUAUAAUCUAUCAUAUUUCGGUGUGUGAAUGUCGGGAAAAGUCGGGGACUUUAAUUUUUUUUAUUAUGAAGGUGAUGCAAUAUUUUCUCUCUGUAUUUAUAGUGACAUUUGUGAGUUAUAUUUGUAAAGACACACUUAAUUAUGAGAUUUAUGAAGUAUGGAAGGUAAAUAUGGACUUAUUUGGAGCAAGUUUGCAAGUUUAUGCGAUUUCUGUAGAGGUUUAAUAUGAACACAGAAUACAGUCCAUAUCCGGGGUAAGGUAUAUAAUAAUAUUAUUAUCCCUACAUGGGGUCACAAGGCUUAAUAUUUAGUUUGUUAUAUUCCAAUAAAAUUAAAUGUUUGAAAUAUACAAUAUUUUAUAUAGAAAGCUUUUGAAGUAAAUGGAAAAGACAGUCAGUCUCUGAAUCACAUAAAAAAAACUUGAAAACACUUGUAUCUGUCAUUAGAACCUAAGCCAUACAUAUUCUUCACUAUGUCUCAGGGGGUUAUGUAAGAAAAGUGUAAACUGUGAAUCAGCUGUGGAACUAUUUUUUACUUACCUGAAUCUUGCUAUUGUAUAAACACUGUUGCUGUGUGAAAUGGUUUUAUAUUUAAAGGUGUAAAAGUGAUCCUGAAGAGCCAAUUCUCUGGGACUGAAAGAAUGUUCGUUGGACCACAAUUGAAAAAAAAUCCUAUAAUUGAAAAUUAAUACAAUCAAAAACUUG